AUGCGUGCGACCACCGGUGGCUCGCCAGCCAAGGUUCGCAAGAGGAGAAUACCGACUGCCUGUGGCUCUUGCCGAUACUCCAAAGCGAAAUGCGACGGCAAACGACCAUGUUCACGCUGCCGUGCUCUCAACAAGGAGUGUGCGUUCGAGGAGCGACCGAAAGAUGCCCAGCAGAUGCGGAUUGAGAUGCUGGAGACACAGCUCGGCUCUCUCAAGGCCCAGCUGCAGUCCCAGUCCGACGCCAGCGAUGCGAUUGCAGCAGAGCACGCAGGUGCUGAAGUGUUAACAUCGAUCCGUCCGGAUGGCUCACAGGUCUCGAACAAAACAUUCGGCCAUUCUGCCAUCUCUCCGCUGUCUACAGUCACGGCCCCCGAUGCGACGACGCUUCAGAACGCGGCGACCGGCUCGCCGGAAUCAGUCUUUUUGCCUCCCCGACGCGCCUCGCAUUUUGACACUGUCGCCGUGUCCCUCCCCGACUUUAUCGACGUAGGGCUUCUUUCACCGGAACAGGCGCGAGUCUAUUUCGAGGCAUUCUUUCACGGCUCGGACCGCUAUGUCCCCGUUUUCGACCCCUUGUUCGACACGCCGCAGAGUGUCCGCUCGCGAAGCAGCAUCCUCUUCUGCGCAAUAUGCACCGUGGGCUGUCGCGUGCUCGCGGGUACCGACUCGCAGCACUGGCGGCUGCUCAACUUUCACAUCCGGCGGCUGCUCAACGCGGCGCUGGUCAUGCCCGAGAUGGCAUGUCUGGAGACCGUGCAGGCGCUGCUGGUGCGCGCGUGCUACACGUCCGAGCGGUCGCUCCUGGUAUCAGUCGCCACGCGCAUGGCUCUCACCAUCGGCCUCCCAGAAGCGUAUGAUGAGCUUAUGAGUCAGACGUUCAGUAGCGAGUGGCAGCGCUCUGAGACACCAAUGACAAAUGAGCCCAUGCUGAUGCGCAAGACGCGGACGUGGCUGUUUAUCCUCGUCAUGGGGCACAUCCUUCAUGUCGAUGCCGGCGACAUCCUAUCGCUCCAGCUCACCGGCAACGUUCGCCGAUGCCGAGUGCUACUCCAUCGCCCUACCUCAGCGAAGCAAGACCUCUGCCUCUGGCCACAGAUUGAGCUAAACUCGCUUCGGGCAAGGAUCCAAGCCACAUUGUCCGACCCGCGGCGCGUCAUCGCCGGCAAUGGCAGCGAUCAAGCCAUCAUGGACGACGUGCGCGAUGCAAUCAUCGACCUGGACGUCUGGUUUGCAGACUGGGCACGCAUUUACGAUGCAAGUGGCGACCCGCAGGCCCCCUGGCUGAAGCUAAACCUGCAGGUGCAGCGGUGCUGGGGUGUGACCAUGGCGCUUUGCCGGGCGGUACGCACGACUGGUGUCGAGGACGUGAGCUUAAUGACGACGACGCAAAAGGACUUGCUGCGCAUGGCGAGGGAUGCGCUGCGGCAGCAUCUUGACAUCAUUGUCGAGGAGCCGCGACUAUACCUGCUCAACCUCCGCUACGCAAUGGACUUUGUAUGGGCCAAGUGCGUGUUUUGCUACCUGCUGCUUCUGAAGCUGUCCAUCCUGCUGCCAGAGCCGGAUCGCGGCGAGCACUGGGGUCACGACCUCGUGUCGUGCGGGAACAUGCUCCUGGACGAGCUAAGCGCCGCAGGGGGGGACAUGGCCGGCGGGCACAGAAGCGGAACGGGGAGGCUAUACCUGCAGCUCCUGCGAACGGGCAUCGAAAAGUACUCGCACGCUCUGGAUGGAAAUCAGCCCUCGCCGUUGGUCACGGGACGUGCGAGAGGCACUCGGAUGCCAGCGGGAAGGCCUGACGUGGACGACUCCGGUGAUGCAGACGCGUUCGUGCCGGACCAAUUUGUCUUUGAAUGGGACUUUCCUGGGCUGACACUGUUCUCGUCGUCUGCUACUGAGGCGGGCUGGUUGGACGGGAUACUACUCGAGGCCCUGAGUGGCGCUGACGAGUUCAUGGGCUUUGGCUGGACGGGGCCAGAGGCAUUUGCGGCGCAAUAG